GUUCGCAAUAAAUAGCGGUAUAGGAUAGUAUCCAUGUCCUCAUAUGCACAAAGUAAAUGGGAUUACUACUCUAUCAAGACAAUUUCAUGGCUAUUCACCGAGUUGCUUUUCUUGCUAUUCUCCUUUUAUCCGGAGCGAUUCUACUAGGAAAUAAAGUGAAAUGUGCAGAUGGCAAGGCUUGUACACGGAAUUGCGAUCCAGAUGUAGCUUACAUGGUUUGCCCAUCUACUCGACAAAAGAUUACUAAACCAUGUGUCAACUGUUGCUCAGCAAAAAAAGGUUGCAAGCUUUUCCGCAGCAAUGGAUCUGUAAAAUGUACUGGAACUUAGCUUUUGUCCAUUAUUAAUAAGCUAGCUACAAGGCCACUACUUAGGAUAUCUGUGCAAUAAGGCUUGACAAUAUAUAAGUUCUCACGUGUGAUUUGUACUAUAUAUUGAGUAUGGUAUUUCAUUCCUUGUUCAAUUAA